AUGGUCCGACAGCCCACCGGCCGAGAGCUUUCCUACGCCAAGAAGAUGGAGGUAAUCCGUUGGCUCUAUGAGCGGUCGACCAUGGGAAAGCUUGCGCAUGGAGCAAUCAACUCAACCGCCUCUGAAAUGAGCAUUCACCGAACCAUUGUGGCGCGCGUCUGGAAGGACUUCCAUCGUGACGCCUUGAUGCCCUCGCGCAAGGCAGGCCGUGUCGGCCGCACACCCAUCUACACGCCUGGCGUCGUUGUAGCUAUGGUCCGCCAGUUGCCACAGUCACUGCGCACCACCAUGCGAGAUAUCUCCGAUGCCACGGGCAUUCCUCUGUCGACACUCCACCGGCACCUCAAGCAUUUCGACAACAUGUGGGAUGUCCUACACCUAGACGAGAAAUGGUUCAAUGCUGACACCAACGUGCGCAAGGUGUAUCUGACGGAGGAUGAAGAGCCGGAGCAACGUCCCUGGUCAAGCAAGAAGUACAUCCCGAAGGUCAUGUUCCUUGGCGCCGUCGCACGUCCUUGA